AGUUGUGUCGCUAGAGGUUCGUGAAAUUCAUGGUCUACGUAUGUAUGCCGCGCGACCGAUUACCUACUCUGCUGAAAUGACUUUGGACGAACAACUCUUGUCCUUCAGAGGGCGUUGUUCUUUUCGGCAGUAUAUUCCAAAUAAACCUGCUAAGUAUGGACUGAAAGUUUUUGCACUUGUAGAUGUUCAUUACCCAUACACCUAUAACUUAGAAAUUUACGCCGGCCAACAACCCGAAGGUCCAUUUCGGUUAAGCGACGAGAGAUUUGAUAUCGUGGUGAGAAUGGUGCAACCAAUUUUGAAUAGACAUAUCAUAUUACUAUGGACAAUUGGUUUUCCUCUCUGAAAAUAGCAAAGCAAUGAUUUGAUAAUGGAAUUACAAUGGUUGCUACCGUUCGAAAAGAUAAAAGAGAAGU